AUGGUCUGUGACCUCACAAAGCUCAAAAGGCAACAGAAAUCCCGGCGAUAUGAGGGCAGCGGGCUGUCAGUGCCAGAUGCCUAUCGCGCAGAGGUUGCCGCCCUGGCUGCCGAGGCAGAUGCCUCGCCAGAGCUGCGCCGGUUUGCCGCGCUGCUGCUGCACCUGUUGCAGUUAGGGGGCACCUAUUCGGAGAUAGAGGCUCUCAAGCCUCUCUGCUCCUUUGCCGUCCAGUUUGGCAUGCCGCUGGUGCAGCAGCAAGCGGCGGAGCCUGGCGAGGGAUCCAGCCCGCAGCAGCAGCAGCGGCGGCAGCAGCAAGCCAGCCUACGCCGCAUGCAGGCGCUGCUGGCCGAGCUGCUGCUGCUGCCCGCCAGCCGGCCGUUGCACAAGCCGCUGCUGUCGGCGCUGCGGCCGCUGCUGGAGGCGCAGCAGCAGCAGCGGCAGCGGCAGCAGCAGCAGGUGCAGUGGCAGGAGCAGGAGCAGUGCGCUGGCGCUGAUGCCGGCGCCCAGACGUUUGCUGAAACCGCGGCAGCCCGCAUCUCAGAGCUGGCAGAGUCGCAUCUGGCAGGCUCAGGCGGCGGCGCUGCCGAUGCCCUGCCUCUGGGCUCAGCGCUGGCGGCACUGCUGGCCAACUCAGCCUGCAAGUCCGCGCUGCUUGGUUGCGCUGUGCCUGCUGUGGCGGCGCUGGCUGCCGGCAUCCAAGCGGCCCUGCUGCCGCUCUGCGGCGAGUCGGAGCAGCAGGCGGCAGCGUCGGGGGCUGGGGAGGCGGCAGCCGGGGCGCCAGCAGCAGCAGGGGAGGAGGCAGGGGGUGGGGGGCUGGCCAGCAUCACCAUUCAAGCCAUGGAAGGCCUGCAGGACAGCAUAUCUGCGCUCUACUUUCUUCUUUCCACCUAUGGCCCAGCCAUGCUGAGGCAGCAGCCAGAGGCGGCCGCCGCAGCCGUGACGGCGGCCGGCGAGGCGCUGCUGCUGGCGCUGCAGCGGCAGGCGCUGGUGCGGGAAGCGCUGGCCUCUGCAGCCGUCGCGCUGUAUGCUGCUGCGGCGCUGCCUGCCGCGCCGCCGGCGGCGGUCGCCCGUUGCUUUGCAGAGGGCUUGCUGCUGGCGCAGCCUCAGCAGCACAUCCCCAACGGCGGCACAAGCAGCAGCGUCGGGGGCAGCGGCGAGCAGCCGCCGCCUGUGCUGCUGUUGCUGCCGGGAGAGCCGGCGGCGGAGGCGGCGGAAGGGCAGCGGGCGCCCAUCGGCCUGCUGGAUGCUCGCCUGCAGCAGCGGCAGCAGCAUGGCGGGCGCAAGGCAGGCCUGCUCUCAGCGAUGCCCGCCGCCGUGCUGUGCGCGCCGCUGCUGGCCCAGCGAUGCACGGCGGCAGGGGCCUGCGCGGCGCAGCCGCCCUCCCAGUGGCUGUUGCUGGUGGAGGGAGCGGUGCCGGCCAUUGCAGCCGCCAUCCAGGGCACCACCGAUGAGCACUUCCGCUUCCACGCCCACUCCACGCUCUGCGCCUGCCUGGAGCGCGUGCGGCAGCAGCAGGCGGCGGCUGCGGCGGCGCUGGCCGCCGAGGCAGCGCCGCCGGAGGAGGGGGAGCAGCCAGAGCAGGAGCAGCAGGAGCAGGAGCAGGAGCAGGAGCAGGAGCAGGAGCGGCAGUUGGGAGAUGAGCGGGCGGCAGGGGGCCCAGCGGCGGCGGUACCGCUGCUGGACGAGGAGCGGCAGCGCCUCGUGCUGGGCCUGCUGUGGCAGGGCUUCGAGGCUCCCCUCAGCCAGACGCUGCACCGAGUGGUGGCCUCCUUUGAGUGCCUGCUGGACAUCUUGCAGCUGCAGCAGCAGCUGGUAGCUGACCAGCAGCUGGUCAACAGCCGGCAGCAGGAGCAGCGGGAGGAGGCAGUGGCGGGAGGGCCCAUGAGCGGCGGCGCUGGCGGCGCGCGCAGCGGCGGCGUGCUGCUGGGCAUUGCCCGAGACCUGCUGGGAGUGGACGCGAACCGCAAGGGGCGGUACGCUGCGCUGCAGGCGCUGGUACCGCGCGUCGGCGCCGCGCCGCUGCUGGCGCUGCAGCCGGGGCUGGUGGGCAGCUGCCUGGAAGCCAUGUCGUUCCACCUCAUCGCCUCUGCCGUGACUGGCAUGCUCCUGGCCCUGCUGGCGCAGCUUCAGCAGGAGGCAGCCGGGAGGCCUGGCGGCACAGCAGCUGCCGCCGCAGCCGCAGCAGCUGCCGCAGGCAGCAACGGCGGUCGCGGCAACGGCGGCGCCGGCGGCGGCCAGGGCGGCGGCGACUGGCGGGCCUGCUGGCUGCCACCACUGACGGCUGCGCUGCGGGACGGCAGCGAGCAGCUGCGGGACAACGUCGCCUCCCACCUGCUGCCCCGCCUGCUGGCGCAAGACCCUCCUGCUCUGGGCCUGCUGCUGGGCCGCCUGCUGCCGGGCAGCCCUGCAGCUGUCCCUUCGCCCACGGGGGCCGCCCCUGCUGCCGCCGCGUCGGCAGCUGGCGGGAAGGUCCCCGCAGAGGGCUCCGCUGCCGGGUGCCUGGCGGUACUGACGGCGGCCCGCAGGCAGCAGCUGCUGCCAGACCUGCACCUGCUGCCCGUGGAGGGGCUGGGUGCGGAGGCGGUACGGGCCGCCCUGCUGGCAGCGGUACGCUCCGCCGACGAGUGCCUCAGGGUGGAUGCGCUGACCCUGGUGUGCAGCCACCCGCGCGCCACGGAGCCCCCCAGUGACCUUGAGCUGGAGGUGGCGGCGGAGGCGCCCUGCAGAUGCCCCAGCACCUCCCUCAAGCACAAGACCCUGGCCCAGCUGGGCAAGCUGCUCAUGCGGCAGCGCGGCGCCGUGGCCGCCAUCCUCGCCCGCAAGCCCGCCCCACCGGGGUCCGACGCUGCGGCGGCCGCUGCCAGAGCCGUGGCCGCGCAGCAGCGCUGGCUGCACUGGCUGGGCGGCACCCUUCUGGACAGCCUUUACCCAGGCGCGUGCGGCGCCACCCACCAGCGCUCCUGCAUGGCUCUGGAGCUGCUGGCACAGCUGCUGGGCGCGUUUGGGGACCUGCUGAACCCUGCGGUGGCGCCGCCCGCGUGGUGCCUGCUGUUCGCCACGCUGCGUCCCGCCCAGUUUGACGCCUUUGGGCCCCGCUUUCUCACCCAGGGAACAGUGCAGCUGCUGAUGGCUGCCGCAUUGGAUAGUUGGGAGCGGCUGCGCGAGGCGGCCGCCGCGGUGCUGCUGCGCCUGCCCUCCCCGCUGCCUGGCUUUGCCACCCCCGCCGCGCUGGCGCCGCUGCUGCGCCGCGCGCUGCGCCUGCUGGCCUGCCCGCGCGGCCGCGAGGCCGACGCCGGCGCCCAGCUGCUGCUGCUGCUGCUGCGCAAGUACGGCGGCGGCGACGCGGGGGGCUGCUGCUGGGGGCUGGAUGUGGUGAGCGGCGCCGUCGAGGCUCCCCCCACACCACCACCACCACCACCAGCUGGGGCUGCAGAAUCAGAGGCGGAGGAGGAGCAGCGGGCGGCUGCAGAAUCAGAGGCAGGGGAGGGGCGGCGGGCGGCUGCAGAAUCAGGGGCAGAGGAGGAGGCGCGGGAGGCGGCUCUUUGGUGCUUCCUGGAGAGCGCCUGCCGCCUGCUGCAGCGGCGGGUGGAGCUGGCGCAGGCGGACAUGCUGGGGGCGUGCCGCGGGGGGCUGGCCCAGGGCGCGCUGCUGGCGCUGAGGUAUGCCGUGCCGCACUUCCCUUGGAAGCGCCUGGCUGAGCGGCAGGCGGCGGCGGAGGCCGGCGGCGAGGACGGGCAGCAGCCCGCGGCGCGCGACUGGCGGGGGCUGGUGGCUCGCCUGCUUGACCUGACCUAUGCUGUUAGCGACCUCACCCUGCCCAUCCUCAGCAAACCACAGAAUCAGAAUAUGGAUGCUGCUGACGUGGAUGCCGAUGACGUGGCGCUGGAUGAGGAAAGCGCGGAGCUGGAAGAAAGCGCAGAGCAGCAGGAGGGGAGCAGCGCCGACGCAUUGGGGCCUCGUGCGCAGAUAAUCAACACCGGCUGCUGGCAGAGCAGCAAGGAGUGCGGGCUGCUGCUAGGCAACCUGGUUCGUGCGCUUCCCAUCCAAGGGCCCGCGGCGCUGCUGGAUGCCUGCCAGCUGUCCCGCAUGGCCUCCCAUUUCACCCACCUGCUCUGCGCCCUCAAGCACAGCGGCGCCGUGGACAAGACGCAGCAGGGAUUCACGGCGCUGUGCGAGAGGCUCCUACAGCUGGAGGACCCCGCGCUCCGCGCCCUGCCCCAGCGCUGCCUGCAGCAGCUGCUGGCCUUUGCGCGGCGCCCGGGCCAGGGCAGCGGCGACAUCGUGCGCCGCUCCGCCGGCCUGCCGUUUGGCGUGGUGUCCAUCUUCUAUUCAGAGCCAAACAGCAGCCAGAAGGUGCUGCUGCACCGCGGCAUGGCGGAGCUGCUGCGUACCGCCGCAGACGAGCGGCAGUACGCCGCCAACGCGUGGCCCAGGGUGCACGCCCUCAACUGCCUGCGCAUGGCCUUCCAGGAUGCCUACCUGGCGGUGGACGUGUCCGCCUACCUGGCGCCAGCCAUGCAGACCGCCGUUCUGGGCAUGGCGGCGCCGCAGUGGGAGGUCCGCAACGCGGCCAGCCUCUGCUACACCGCGCUGCUGGUGCGGGUGCUGGGCUUCCGCAACAGCGCCGGCAAGGGCACGGUGGCCGCCAAGCGGGCUCCCACGGCGGCCGACUUCUUCGCCCGCCACCCCCAGCUGCACCCCUUCCUGCUGCGCCAGCUGGCGGCGGCCACAGAGGCGCUGGACGGCGGCGCCGCAGCGGCAGGCAGCAUUGGUGGCGCCUCUGGCCCAGGCAGCAGUGGCGCCGGCGGCGUCGGCGGCAUGCACCCCAGCCUGUUCCCUGUGCUGGUACUGCUGUCCCGCCUGCGCGCCUCCCAGCACAACCGCCUCAGCGGCAGCAGCGGCAGCAGCGGGCUGGUGGAGGCGCGGCUGUCGCCGGCCGCCUUUGCCCCGCUCAUCCAGCGGUGCGCGGGCAGCGGUACGUUGGCGGUACGGCGGCUGGCCGCUGCCGCGCUGCCGCCGCUGGUGCCGCCCGAGCAGCGGCCGGCGGCGGCGGCGGCGCUGGGUGAAGCUGUCGCCCGAGGCGUGGCGGCUGCGGCUGCGGCAGCGGCUGCUGCAGCAGGCGGUGCGCCUGCCAGCCAGCCGCAGCCGCAGCAGCAGCGUCCGCCCUUCAACGCUCUGCAUGGCCAGCUGCUGCAGCUGCGCGCGCUGCUGGAGGGUGCGGCGCAGACGGGCGACGCGGCAGCCGCCGAGGCGCUCGCCGCGGCGGCGGCGCCGCCCCUGAUGGGCUGCGCCACCGCGGCGUGUGCCCUUGCGUACGAGGGCGGCAGCAGCGGCAGCUGCGUGCCGGCGGCUGUGAGCUUAGAAUACGUGAGGGUGGCAGCGGCAGCCGCGGCCUUGCUUCCCAGCGGUCGCCGGCAGCAGCAUGGCCAGCAACAGCAGCAGGGCGCGGCGGCGGCGGGGGCGGCGGCGGCGGCUGCAUGGCUGGCUGAGGUGGAGCGGCUCUGCUGGCAGGCGUUGGAGAGGUCUGCUGGCGCCGCCGCCCCGACGCGAGACUAUAUCAGCCCCAUGCUCAGCGUUGCCUACAAGCACGCCACCCAGCUAUGCUUCUCCCUGCUGCUCCGGCGCCGGCAGCAGCAGCAGCAGGAGAAUCAGGGAGUGCAGCAGCAGCAGGGAGAGCGGCAGCAGCAGCAGCGGGGGGGCCUUGGCGGCGGCACCGGCGGCGACGAGCUGCUCCCGCGCCUGGCGGCGGCGCUGCGCUCUCCUGUGUACGAGGUGCGGGGUGCAGCCCUGAAGGUGAUGCUGCGGCACGUGCAGGCACAGCAGGCACAGCAGGCACAGCAGGCGCAGCACGGAGGCCAGCAGGCGCAGCGGCAGGUGUGGCGGGCCAGCGGCGGCGACGGCGGCGUCGUCGUCGCGAGCGGCGGCGCAGGUGGCUGUGCGGAGCCCCCAGUCCUCAGGCGCCUGCUGCUGGAGGCUCUGCGGCGGGAGGGGCACCACAAGGCACAGCGCCGCCUGCUGCACCUGCUGGCGCUGCUGCCGCCGCCGGAUGCAGCAGACACAGCGGGCACAGCAGGCACAGCAGGCACGGCAGGCUCAGCAGGCUCAGCAGGGCCGGCAGGCUCUGCUGCCGUCGACGGCGGCGGCGGCGGCUGCGUCGGCGGUGACGGCGCGGCAGAGGCAGAGGCGAAGGCGGAGGCAGAGGCAGGAGCAGAGGCAGAGGCAGAGGCAGGAGCAGAGGCAGAGGCAGAGGCAGAGUUUGCUUCCAUGCUGCGGCUGGCCGCCGCCGCCGACGACCCCCGUACCGUGCAGCACGCGGUGCGCUGCCUGGGCCCACUGCUGCGCCGGCUGCUGAGCCUGCACGGCGGCAUCCCGCGCGCCGGCACGCCGCCCGCGGCCGCCGCCGAGCGGCUGCUGGCGCUGGCGGGCGAGUGGCGCCAGCCGUGGCAGGUGCCCGAGCUGCGCCUGGCGGCGGCGGCGGCGGUAGCCUCUUCCGACCUGCUCACACUUGACCCUCGUGCGUCAGAUGCGGCAGCAGAGGCCGCGGCAGGCGCCUGGGCGGCGGCCCUGCAGCUUUCAGAGGAUGAGGAGGAUGAGGUGCGUGCGGCGGCGGCGGCCGCGGCCGCCGCCGCCCUCGCCGGCUUCUCCUCCUGCAGCAGCCUCGGCAGCGUGGGGCGGCCUUCCAGCGCAAGCGCGGCCUCCCUCACGCGCCGCCUGUCGGGCGCGGCUGCAGCCCUGGCGGCGGUGGCGGCGGUGGAUUCGGAGCCGGCGGCGCCAUCUGAGGAGCGCCUGCUCCGUGCCGCCUUCCCCGCCCUCGCCGCACGCUUCGGCCCGCACCCGGCCCUGCUGGCGCUGCUCGCCCACCUCUGCUGCCCUCUUGGCGAGCCGGACGCGGCAGGCGAUGGCGAUGAGAGCAGCGGCGGCGGCGGCAGCAACAGGGGCUCGCCGGCUGCCGGCCAGCAGGCGGGCGGCGCGGCAGCGGCGGCCAGGGCUGCGGCGGCGGCGUCCAGGGCGGCGGCAGCUGCCGAGAAGCUGUUUGAUCCGGAGCCCGAGAACACGCAUGAGGAGCCGCUGCUGCUGGCGCAGCUGGCGGCGCGCUCGCUAGCGCAGCUGCUGCCCCGAGCGGCAGCUGGGUCACCCGCCGCGGCAGCGGCGCAGGGCUGGGCGGCGGCCGCGGCGGCGCGGCUGCAGCGGCUGGCGGCGGCGCUGCAGCCUCAGGAGGCCGGAGCCUGUAUGGUACUGCCGCAUUGCCACCAGCACUUUGGAGAGCUGUACCGCUGCUGGCUGGCCCUCUGGGCGGCGGCCCACCUGCCAGGCGUGCAGCCCAGCUGCGGCGGCGAGGGCGCUGCCUGGGAGCGAGGCACGGCCGCCUUCGUGGCUUCCCUCGCCGGCGGCCUCGCGGGGGCGGCUGCCGUGGCCGGCGUUGCGCCGCAGCUUGCGGCGGUGGCGGCGGCCGCCGUGGACGUGUGGGAGGCACGGCGGCGCGGCGGCAGGCCCGACCCCUCUGCUGCAGAGCGGCUGCUGUUCCUCGCCUCCUCCUCGUCCUCCAAGGCCUCCUCCUCGGCCCAAGCCUCCACGCCCACCGCCUUCUCCCAGACCCAAGCCUCCCCCACGCCCGCCUAA